GGCCGGAGGAAUCGCGAAAGUAUUCUUCUUCCGGUUGCCCGAGAGUGGCAUUUCGUACGCAUAAUUGCAAGGAGAAUGUUGGUCCUGCCGACUUUAUUAAUAAAAAGUAUCCUCCUGUCCCAGGUACUCGCAUUAAACCCAAAUGCGGUCACGAGCAACACUUCAGAGCCAGUGCUGGAUAUGCAUGUGAGAUUGUUCAACGAGCUGCUUUGUCGUCGUGAACCGCGAGAACCGGUUGCUAAGAGUGCUAUUGUGGCGUGGGCUCCUACUGCCAGUGGACACGUUGCUACACACAGCGAGUUGGAGAACAUCUUAUGGGCAGCUGUUGACAAUUACGAUUGGGGGAGCGCUUCUCAUCUGUUUAAAGAGCUCGCAACUAAGACACAAAACGCCACCGUGCAUUAUACGGCCUACAAAGUGUUGUGGCGUAAAUUAACAGCGAAUAAACUUCAAUAUGAUCCAACAAAUCUAUUGGAUUUUUAUGCGACGGUAAGAAAUGUGACAAACUUAGUAGCGACCAGUUCACAGCAACUAUUGGAACUUGAGCUGGAGAUACGCACAGAACUAGUGGCGCGUUGUGCACAACUACUCGAAGUGCCAUUGCAUCCGCCCAGUUUUGAGGGUUUAAGUGAUGUCUGCAAGAAUGAGUCUAAUUAUCAGCUCGUGCGACGCACACUCACGCAACUGGAGCGGCUGGAAGAAGAUAUUUUCGUGGAAGUUUUAAAUAUAACUUUCGACGCUGCUGCUUCGCUGGAGGAUAAAAAGAAUAUUACACAAGCGCUCAACUGCUUGGGUGUGAAUGCCAAUCAACAGCUAAUCGUACAUUUACUAUAUCUCGAACGAAACCCGGAUUUAUAUGCGCUACUCUACAACAAGAUCCAAAAACUUGUGAGCCUCUGUGACAUGACCCGUCUGAAACCGCAGCACCUAAUACGCAUCUUACCUUUCUUGCCCACCUCAAUGGAAGCUUUACACAAUGCCAGCGCAGUUUGUAUACGUAACGUUACCGGUCCGUUCGGCUACUUAAGUGAAUGCCCACAAACCUCUUUGAUGUGCACCUAUUCCGCUAACUAUAAGUACCGUUCGGUGUAUAGUGUCGAGCGUCUAUUGGGUAGCAAAUAUAUAUUGCGCAGCAUCUAUUGGCAGCGUUAUAUAAUGUCGGAGAAUCGAAAUAACGGUAGCUCUGUGCCAGCUUUCAUCAAAAACAUCUACAGCUCGGGCACGCCAAGUGUCUGGCAGGCCGUCUUUGUUGGUAACAAUGUCGCUUUGAUGGAUCCCACCAUGCGGCAGUACCUAUGCGGCGGCAAUCAAACUAUGUGGAGUAGUGCGGAGCAGCAUGUGUAUAGUCGGCGCGCUGAGGACUUUCUCUUGUAUCAGCAUGAGUGUCUGUGGUUGAUAGAGGACUGCAGUUCUUUUAUGUAGACCCACUUUGAAAAAAAAAAUAUGUUUCCUAAAUAAUAUAAAAUAAAGAUUGUAACUAAUUUU